GUGACGAUAAGGUACCAUGGACCUCUUUGCCUCCGUCGAGCUUGAGUGUCGUGAGGUUUCCGCCUCUCAGGAAGACCGCCUUCUGUGCUCCCGCUUCCUCAGCGACCACCGUGUCGACUUGUACAGCGACUCCUCCUCGUCCCCACCCCACUGCGCCUCCCCCUCCGGGGUCGGGCUUAGCGACAUGCCUUAUGCCGACUCCCCCGUCGUCUUUCUAUCCUUACCAUAUUCUCCUUCUCAGUCUCCCGCCGCGCCCGGUGAUGCCGCCUCCUCCGGUGGCAUCCUCGUACAGUCCUCGCCCCUUGAGGGAAGAACAUCCACCGGGGCUGAUCUCUUGCAUGCGUCCACCGGAGAGGUUCCCCACGCCGGCCGGGAUGGUUCGGGGUCCCCUGGUGGCGGAAACAAGGAAGUUAGGGUUUCGAAGAAGCGAUUGAGGAGCACGCAGGUUUCUUCCACGGAAUCUACUACUGAAUCGCCACCAGAAGGCAUUGGGAUUCUAGGGUUUGGUUUCCGCGAAGAACCAUCGAAAUUUGAUCAACAGCUCAAUCUCCCAUCAAAUAACCCCCGUGGCGCAACUAGUGAUUUGACGGGAAGAUGCGAAUCUCGUGAAUCACCGGAGCUCCUGGAUCGUGCCAUCGGAGACCAAGAUGCUGCUUCCAUCAUAAGCCCUCCACUAGAGGAAGGGACUAGUUGCGCGUCUCGUGCUCGAGAGAAGUCACCUGAGAACCCGAGUGCAAUGAUGCCUGCAGUUGGCGAUCAAAAUGCUGCCUCCAGAGCAACUCCAGAGCCAAGGAAGCUGCCAGCAUCCAUCAUAAGUCCUCCAUCAGAGGAGGGGACUAGUUGUGCAUCUCAUGCUCGAGAGAAAUCGUCUGUGAACCUGAGUGCAAUGGUGUCUGCAGUUGCAGAUGACCGGUUGCGGAUGUAUCUUCUUGAUGCCAUUAAGAUGUUUGCUGGAAAACCCAACACAGGGUUUGCCGACACUGACAUACUGGAGAUUGCAAAAAUGAAGGGGAUAGACUUCCCACCUCCCUGGUGGUCGCAGCUUGGUGGCUAUGAUCCCGCGGAAUUUAGGAGGUGGUCGCAGAUUGGUGUGUAUGAUCUCGAGGAUGAUAAGAUGCCGAAGUAAUAGUGUGGGCUGAUGACCAGGUAGGAUUUUAUCAGCAAGCUUUUGAAGUUCACACUUAGUACCAGAACAAAUGUAUGUUUCGAGUUGUACUGUCAUUUUGCUGUUCUUAGGUGCACAUGGAAUCUUGUUUUUCAAUCUAGAACAAGAGAGAUCAUUUUGUAACACAAUUCUGUGUGGUGAGAGUUAUCAUGCUAGUGUGAAUUUAUGGUUUGGCAAGACAUUUUGUAUGACUACAUAAAUCACUUGUUUAACUGCAUUUGGUACUCAGACAAUCAAAAUUUGUAUUGGAGGAGCCAUUAUCUGUUAGUUAGUGUUAGGGAAUGAAGUUAUCAUUAACUAUAUCUAGUAUUAUGACGGGUAACCGCAAUCUGCUCCUUGCAAAUAUUAAAUGAAUCUGUAGAUGGUAAUCACAAUUCUCCGGGUGCCUUGAUGACUUUAUCUAAUAACGUGCGUUUUACUCUUUGCAAGUACUUAUAUAUAAGGAGACAAUCACUGUUGUAAUUUUGUGGUGUGCAAGUUCUACAAUUGAUGCAGUCCUUUUCGCAAGCAAUACGUUCUUGUUUAUACAAGAUUUCAUGGUUAUCUUACUAUUUCAGAGGUAUCUGCUGUGGAUAAACUUUUAACUUGUAGUGGGUUUUAUUAUGCUUAGAUCAAUCGAUUAUUCUUGGAUCAGUUUAAUCAUUCAGUGUGUCUAUUUGCAGAAAACCUUAAACUGACAUGAUUAGAUGCAGAGUUUUGAUUGUUAUCUAUAGCAUCGACAUACCUUCUUAUGUGGUUUCUGGGAAAAUGCUGUCAAUUCCUGUAGAAUAUGUAAUAUUAAUGCAGUCCCCUCUGCACAAGAUUUUCAUCGGCAAGUUUUGCACUGUGCCAAUUUUGUGCAGAUGCAAGAUUCACUGUACGUAAUCGAUAUACUUCAAAGUAUGUCAUGAAAGUUGUGUUUCUUUUA